AUGUAUGUUGUGUCACCAGUGACGAAACCGAAGCGACGAUUUGCACCCCAGCUCAUUGAACAGACCACGAGGUCUUCUUCCAAUAGAAUUACCAAUAAUCAUGCCAGUUCCAAUGCCAGUGCCGAUAUUGGCACCGGAAACAACCGCACGAGACCCAAUGCAACUCAAUCGACCAAGGAUGCCGCCGUCCAGGCCAACGACUCUGACAUACUCUCCCCUCGACUACCCACGAAACCCAUCCGGCGCUUUGCUCCUGUCCCCAUCGAGACCACUUUCGAUUCUUACAGGGUAGUCAACAAAAAUCCCCACGGCCCAGCCCCUGAACCAACCCCAGAUCCCUCCCCAACGGGAUCGCAAUCGUCCCUCACACUUUUGUCCACAGCGGCACCAAUGGCUCCCGAACCCACGGACACAAAAGGGCAGGAGAAGAAACCAAAGAGGAGGUUUGCUCCUCAAUUAAUUGAGACGACCAGGAGAGAAAGGAAGGCUGGGCAGGAUGGUCCAGCCACAAAACUGACGGACAAGACUGAUAUAACCCCGGGUACCAAUCACAUUUAUGCACCAAAGCCCAAGCUGAAAUAUGGUAUACCUCAGCCCAACAGAAUUAGUCCCAGACUGGCACACGCAACGGUUGAGCAGGAUAACGAGACACUGCCACGUUUCUUUAUACCCCGCCAUCAACGUCCUAGCCCAAGCACCCGAAGGAGCACGCGUACUAAUUCCUACCAUCCUGACCUCGAUACUAUAGUGUCAUCUGAAUCGGGCAACUCUUCGGAGGACGAUGAUCGUGUAGCCGCUCCCGCGCUUAAUUUAGGCGCUCCGGCUCUGUCCGACACGCGAAGCGACCAUGGGGACACUUGGAGUACGAGGAGUUAUGAUUUGCGCGACCGGAGAGAGUCGUGCGACGAAGAAAUAUCGGGUUAUCUGCUUGGCGUAGCGGCCCGAGAGACCCAUCGGCAACGGGAGUUAGAGGAAGCCCUGUCUGCUUUCCCCAAUGGAGUCCCACCCCUCGGGGUAGAGCAUUUCUUCGUCAGAGAUAACUCGGAGGAUGAGAUCCAAAUAGGAGACGACGAACCACCGCUACGCCACGGCCCUUCCCAACUUCUUCUUCGUCGCAAGUCCACGGACCCGGGAUGGGCUGUCAAGGAGAUGCGCGCACACGCCGAGAAGCUGGCACGGAUGCGUGCAGAGACUCACAUGAGCCUAGACGACAAUUCGGACAAGUCUGAGGUGGCGCCUCCACCUGAAGAUCCGCUUUGGACGACCACAGCCCGCCGAGAGUCGCGUGACUCGGCCAUAGGGAGCUCAAUGGGACCCGUUCUCCCGACACACUCACCCGCCUUGUUCGCUACAUCGUCACCGAGCCAUGGCAAGUCUUUCACCCCACCGCCGUCGACUGGGCUGCGUGCGAGCCCUUUCGGGUUACCUUUCGCCUUUCGUAACAGCCAGCCCGACGACGUCGAGCUGGGCAAGAUGCGCAAGGCCGCCUCGCCACCAAUGUUAGGUGCUGAUCUCUCCUUUCGAACAUGCCCUAGUCCACAGUAUACCCGGAUGGAACCAAGUCAACCCUACUGCCAAUUUGACCGGCUUGAGAAGACCCAACGUGAUGCAUCCGGUGUCACUGGCCUUUGGCGUGGAUAUUGUUCCUUUCAGACUAACAAGUUAGACACACCCUCUCUGCAACCACCCGAUCUCCUCCACACACCCGGUGUAAGCUCUCCGAUUGACCCUUUCGCCGUCGCCUUCGGUACAUCCACGAAUGGAAGUGGAACGCAAUCGCCCAUAUGGGGUUCGGGCGGCAAAGGGACGAGUGUGCACAAGCAGAGACUCUCUGGGCUCGGCGAGAAACUAGAGAGAGAGAUCGCACGCAAAGAACGCGAGGAAGCUAUCCUAGCCGAGUUUGAGGAUGCAUUCGUGACACAAGUAUACAAUUAUCUAAGUUUGGGCUUUCCGGCCACAGCGCGAGCUUUUGACGACGAACUCAGUAAGAUCAGCGGCAUCUGUGUGGAAGAGUUGCGUAAGGAUGACAAUAUUAAAGUCGGCAAAGGAUUCAUGCUUCAAAUGGAGAUGGGCCCUGGUAGCACAAACUUCGACAGUAGCAGCUCCGACUCUAGUGGAGACGAACAGAUGGUAUCUCCCGAGGCCUACGAGCAUGAAUACCGGAGGCGGUCACGCCACAAGCCUCCCCGUUGGAAGGCCCUCAAGUUGUAUAUACACGAAUGGGCACGACAGCACCCCUCAUUAAACAACGACGACGACUCGGGCCCUCCUGCCUGGGGAGUCAGAGCACGCAGAGGUAGCUGGGCUAUAUAG